AUGAAUUGUCCUACUUGUCGAGAAAUUAAUGAGAAUAAGCCUGUUCUCAACGUUCCGUUGCGGCAAAUCAGUAGAAACAUAUCAGACUUGAUAAUUGAGAUGUCAAAUGAUAAGGAUGAAGCUGAGAGAAUAAAAAGCCAAAGAGAAGAAGCUAUUCAGGAAUAUCAGCAGGAUUUUGAACAAAACGCUCUUUUUGGCGAUGCAUUCAAAUCAGCAUUAACUUUAAUAGAUAGAUCGGACGGCGUGCCUAGAUGUGGAAAUUGUCAUUGGGAAGCGCAUGGAACAGUAUGCUUACAUUGUGGUACCACAUUUCGUAUACCAAGAGAUGAUUCAUAUUACGAUUCGGACGAUGGAGAUGCCUAUGAUGAGGAUGAUGAAGAAACUUCACGCUAUGGUCCGAACAGGGAAGACUAUGAUAGCGAAGAUAGUUUUAUUGAUAAUGGUAUACCAUCUAUUGAUUUGAGCGGUGGAGAUUCUUCAGACGAUGAUGUGCGUGAAAUAAAUGGUGAAGAAUGGACAGGGUUCGAUAAUCAGAGCUUAGGAAGCUCAAUGAACGACGAUUACGAAACGGAUUUACAUAGAGCUUUGGAAGAUUUCCAUAAUGAUGCAUUGGAAUAUCAUAGCGAUGACACGGAUGACAUUAUCCAAAGAAGGCCGAGAGUUAUAAACAUUAGUGAUGAUGAUGAUGAAUAG